AUAGAUAGAUAGAUUUGUUUUGGCAUAUCUUUAUGUUUAUUUAUUUUUGGCAUAUGUUUGUGCAUCCAACAACAACAAAUAAAUUAAUUAACAGAAAAAGGUUAGGGUCACCCUUAUCACACAUAACACUCAACCUCAACCAAACCAUAAUCCAAAUAAUUACUGUAGAUACACAUGAGUGCAAUUUUUUUUUUUAAUUCACAUAAAUCAAGUGUCUUAUAUUUUUCUAUAACUCUAUUUUUAAUACUUUAACAAGUGUUUAGAUCAUUAUGUUGCUUAAAUGCAUCCAAACUGAGUUCUUCUGCUACACGCAAUAUCACUGCUUCACCUCUGCAUGACAUCCUGACACUUGUGUGUUAAUGGAGCUGCACAUAGCAACCAAGGCAACAACAACACAAUUCUACACUGAUUUAUUUCGUUUUUUAAAGUGCACAGGUCCAGUGGGAGCAUUCUGUGGCUCAGCACCCACUACCCUCGCAUCUAUUUUGAAUCUAUCUCGAAGUCUUUGAGAGUAAAGAGUGGGUCCCGCUCCAGUCCAGCGAGGGUAGGCCUGUCAAUCGGCAUGGUCUUACCUCCUUGUACAAACGUCACAGCAGAUGAAGAGACGUCCCCCUCACCCCACCAGACCCUCGCCCGGCCAACUAUAGUGCUAUUAUAGUUCAAGCAAAGGCUAUUUGUUUGGUUACUCACAAAGGGCUGCACAGUCCACGUCUUUGGAGGGUAAUGCUGUGUCUUUCUACUAAGAGAAGAUGGCACUGCUCGUGGUUUACUCACUCCUGUGCCUUUCCUGCUGGGCCUGUUUCUACUUUAUCGUGUGUUAUGUCAACGGCUCCAGGAGCUAUGAGUGGAACUGCCGCCUCGUCACCCUGGUUCAUGGCAUCCUGGCAGUCUGCAUCACCGCAUAUAUAGGCUAUGUGGAUGGACCCUGGCCUUUCACCUAUCCAGGUACUAAGAACACCCCUCUGCAGAUAAGUGCCAUGGUGGUGAGCCUGGGCUACUUUAUCUUUGACAUGGCCUGGUGUGUGUACUUCCGCACAGAGGGACCCGUUAUGCUGGCCCACCACACCAUGAGCAUCCUGGGAAUCCUGCUGACCCUGUGGCUGGGGGAGUCCGGCAUCGAGUCGUGUGCGGUUCUCUUCGGCAGUGAAAUCACGAACCCACUCCUGCAGGCACGCUGGUUCCUCAAACAGACGGGACAUUACAGGUCGCAGCUGGGGAACGCUGUGGACGUCCUGUUUGUGCUGCUGUUUGUGGUGAUGCGAAUCUUCGUGGGAGGCACAAUGCUGUACUGUGAGCUGAUCUCCCCGAGACCCAGAUUCUUCAUCAAGUGCGGGGGAGUGGCCAUGUACGCUCUCUCCUGGGUGUUCAUGGUGGACAUUGUUCGAUUCGCCAGAAGAAAACGCAAGAGCUGGCACAAGCAGCAGAGAGAGCAGCCGGAGACGGUCGCAGCUAAUGGGCAUGAAGGGAAGAUGGACUGAUUGAACAUUGCUUUAUAGGAAAUCACUUUACAUUCUGUUUUGGAGCUGCAGGGGAAAGGACAAAGAUCAACUUUUUUAUGUUUGUUUGAGUUUUUUUUUUUUUUUAAAGCGGGAUAUUUUAAAAUCCUAAUUUUCUAUGCUAGGAAAUACCCUGUGUGGUUUGUUGUCAUUGCUGCUGAACACAGGUUAGAUUCAUGAUGUAAAAGGCAGCCUACUGGUGCAGAAACAACACAGAUGUAGUUUACGUCAUAGAAAACCAAAGCACUUUCUAUAAUCACACGAGCAGAUGUUGCUUUCAGUUGCAGUGAACUGUUGCCUUGUCGUAUGUGGUCGUGGGAAGUUCACUAUUAGUAAAGAAAUAGUUUACAUGUACUAUCCAUGAUCCUUGUGAAAGAUUUUUAAAGCACAUAGAAAACAUUAGGAUUGGUUUCCUUGGAAUCCUGUUGGUUUUUUUAUAAAACUUUGAGCAGAUGGGACAGGUGUACUCAGGGAGAUGAAGUCAGACUGGAAAGUGUGUGUGAUGAGCUUCAUUACUUUGUUUAUCAUAAUUUAUAGUAAUGCCUGCUGUCUGAAAUCCUAUUCCAGAGCCUGCUCAAAAUAUUUCCACUUAUUUUACUUCACUUAUGUAUGUGGACACAUGGAGAGACACCACUCUCUGAUACAUAGUUCUGCACUGGUAAUGCUAUUUAUUUUGCAUUCCAUUUGGAUCUAUGAAUUGGUGUCAUCAUUCUAAGUUUACACAGUGAAGUGUCUGAUUUCAGGUUUCACGCUGAAAGCACCGACAGUAUUCAUAUUUAUUCAACAGAGUAAUGUUUCAGUUUCACAGAGGACUUGACAGUUCAGUGGAAUUUAAUGUGAUCUGUACAUUGAGCUGAUCUUCUGUGCAACUUCUGCUCCAGUUCUGUUUGAGCCAGCACCUGUGAACAUUAAUGUACGUGGUUCACACACCACUGCCUGCAGUCACGCAAACAGGAGCAUCCUUUUCUUAACAGCCCCCGAAAUAUUGGAUUCAUAGAUUUAUUCUUAACACAAUAUACACACACACACACACACACAACCAGGACUGGGCAAUAGUCAUCAUUGUUUGACUUUCAGUAAAACCACAUUGAGAUGUUAUAUUAUAUCAAGUUAUUGUUUUGCAAAAAACUAUUGUCCAAUUUAACAAUAACAGACAUACUAGCUGCAAAUUAUUUUUGCACAAUUCAAUUACAUGUGUGAAGAGUUUUAUCCAAGUGAACAUUGGUUUGAGUAUUUAAUGUGUGAUUUGUAUAAAUUGUUUUCCGUAUUGUGGUAUUAAUUAAUUGAAAAAUAUUAAAUUCAAUGUUUUAAAAUGGAGUUCCACCAUAUUCAUCGGAUACAAAACACAAAUGCCUCAUUGUGUAAAGAUGGUAGACUUGUUGACUUGAGAUAAUAUCAUGACUCGGCCCACUCUAAGACUGCAUUCGUCUCUGCACAGCUAAUUCUGUCAUCUCUGUGCCCAGACUUUGUACAUGUUUUCUUAUUAUUGUGACUGUAUCUUCUUUAUUAUUUUAGUGCACAUAUUUUUUUUUACAGUGCUCAAAACUUGUCACCCAUUUAUUUUCACAUAUAUGUUGGAUUGAAAUGUAAUGUCUUAUAAUUACUCUCUACUUGGCUGCUAUUAUCAUACUAGCAUCAACAUUGUAUCCAUGACAGUAAAAAUCUAACUGGUGUGUGCCUUAGUUAUGUGAAUGUAUUUCCCUAUUUGUGAGUGAGAGUGUUUGUUUGGGCGUGUGUGUGUGUGUAGCCAUUCUCAGUUUAGGGUUUCAUGAUUGGCCUUUUUGUAAUUUCUCUCCUUAUGACAAAUGAAAUAAAUCUCUGAUAUAUUG